AUGGGGUAUUCUUUUGAUAAAAUAUUCGUGUUAACAAUUAUUUUUUGGUUUAUUGGAACAAUAUCAAUUAUCUAUACUAAUGAAGUUGAGAAUAGUCAUGUUGACAUAAGGAAUUUGUAUAAAAGAGCAUAUAGUACAGUAGUUACAACAUAUAUUACUUCAACACCAUUUGUCGCAAUUGGUGUAACUGAUUCGUGUGAGGCUAUUUAUCCUACCAAUACAUCUAUUCCGCAACCGAUCUAUACACCACCAGCACCUGUUACUAUACCUCCAAAAACUCCACAACCAAUAGUUCCUGAAGAACCUACUACCACUCAAGCACCUAAAGCUCCUGUGCCCGCACCAGCUCAAGCUACUCCUAAAGCUCUAGCGCCCACUACCAUCCUUAAUAACACUGACAAUUCUCCAAAUUUGAUAGUGUCUCCCGCAGUUUUCGCACGCCAAAUACACAUUAAAACUGGAAGCACAACUAGUGCUAUAACACCAUCAUCGACUCCUAGUUCUGCAUCAAGUUCUUUACUAGAUAAAUUAACCGGUUUCAACUUUAUAAUUGAAUUAAUUAGUUUAGCUUUUAUUAUUAAUCAAAUUAUUUAA